GCAUCGAGAAUAGCUGCAGCAGCAGCGACGUCUUCAGUGGGCGUACGACACGCUUCGUCUGGCUUUUCGACGCUGCGGUCGUUUUUUCUUCUGCUUCAGUCUUCAACCUUCUCUGGACAUGUUUCUUUGAGUUUUUGCGGCCGAUCGAGCUGUAUUCUUGGAUCCGAGAGUGAAAAAACAUCGAAUUUCCAUAACCAUGGCAAUCGUGGAGGAAUCCCUCACUCUUGACAGAGACGUCAAGCGGUCCAUCGAACUGUUGGACAAGCUGCAGAAAAUCGUUUUUGCAGGUGGAGAGAUCCCGGCCACGAAGUUGGCUGCGCUACAGAAAGUUUUACAGAGCGACUUUUUAAACGCUAUUCGCGAAGUUUACGAACACAUUUACGACACCGUCGACGUUCAGGGAUCUCAGGACGUGAGGGCGUCGGCAACGGCCAAGGCGACGGUGGCCGCUUUCGCCGCGAGCGAGGGUCACGCGCAUCCUCGAGUCGUCGAGCUGCCCAAGACCGAGGAAGGCCUGGGCUUCAACGUAAUGGGUGGCAGAGAGCAGAACUCGCCAAUUUACAUAUCGAGGAUCAUACCGGGCGGUGUGGCCGACAGACACGGUGGCCUGAAACGCGGUGAUCAGCUGUUGUCGGUCAACGGAGUGUGCGUCGAGGGUGAGAAUCACGAAAAAGCCGUAGAACUGCUUAAGCAAGCCCAGAACUCGGUUAAACUGGUCGUACGUUACACGCCGAGGGUCCUCGAAGAGAUGGAGAUGCGCUUCGACAAGCAACGAACUGCCCGCAGACGUUCGCACGUCCCUUAAACUCUGAGAGAUAUACCAAACACCUACAAUCAAUAGUAACGUUUCCUAAGAGUGAUUCAAAAUUACUUGCGCACCAACGACACUCGACGCACACCUCAUGUGGUAGAACUCGUACACCUUCGUAUAGACCCGAUCUGCGAUAUGAUCGUCCGGAAGAUUGUUGACGUAUUAUAUUGGUCUUAAAUAUUUAAUAGCUGCGUUUUCGAAAUAUUCGGAUCAUGCGUUGGACCAAAUUUUCAUUACGUUUGGUAUAUACUUAAAUUGAGAAAUGUCAGACACUUUCAAUGUAGCAUCUGUAUCUUUAUUUAAUAUACAUUGAAAAUUUUCUUUUUCUCUGCUCACGUGUACUCUCAGCGACUAGAUGAUGAUAAAAUAUGUUUUUAUCCAUAUGUAUAAGAAAUAAAUGGAUGUGUUGAUCAACAUAUAUUGUUACUAUUAUUGUUAUACAUUAUUGUAAGGCUGAAAUUUCCUAAGAUUCUCUUAUUUUGUGAAGAUAAGGAUUUGAGAAAUGCUUAAGAUAUACCGAAUACCAAUAAACUUUUACGAACUGAAA